AUGUCUUACAUCGCCCCUGCUACUAUUCGCGCCGCAGUGUGGAGCCUGAAGUCCUCCAACCCUGAUCUCCCCGCGGAGUCGGCCAUCUUGCCUGAUGAUGGAAGUAAUGGGACCGAGUCUGUCUUUGAGAAUGACAAUCGCCGUCUCGUUGACAUCAAGGACCUUGCUGAUGGCGGCAAAUUCCGAUCUAUCGUCAAGAUCCAAGCUUGCUUCAACAAGCGGCCAGGCGAAAGUGUUUGGAUGAUGGGCUCCGGCUGGCUAAUUAGCCCGGAUACCAUCGUCACAGCCGGACAUGUGGUCUACGAUUGGGGUCACCGCCUUCAAAGUGCUACCGAGAUCAAGUGCUACAUUGGAUACUCCGGUCGUGCUUCCGUCAGCACUCCCACUGUUCAGGCUCGCUUUGGAGAGCGAAUAAUCACCACGGCUAAGUGGGUUGAGGCUCCUGGAAACAGAGCCCACGAUGUCGCUUUCAUCAAGGUCAAUCGCCCUUUCACGGGCAACCUCAGGAACAUCCCUUUCAAGGACACUCCUCUUUCUUCAACUGGGGUCACCUUGGGUGUUGUUGGGUAUCCUGGAGACAAGUACCUUGAGGGCCAGAACGGACAGAGUGUAGAAAAGGGCGCCCAGAUGUACGAGGAGUUCGCCCCCACUAGCUAUGAUAUUGGGAAGAGCGAGCGUCACAUGGUUGAGUACGGAGUUUCAACCUUUGCAGGUCAAUCCGGCGCUCCAAUCCUCCAGGCCACCAACAACAGUUUGGUGGCCAUUGGUACCCACUGCUAUGGUGGCGGCGGCGACGAAAGCAAUUCUGGCAACUCUAUUGGCGGCAUUUAUGGAAACAACUACCACGCUUUCCUCGCGCUUUUCGAUAGCAGCCAGUUCCCCGACUCUCAUCGAUCUGGCAUCAAGGUGAUCGAUUCCGAUGCCAAGUCUCGUGGUGAGAUCCGGAACAUCAAUGAUAAUAUCUACAACGGUCACAACGGUUACAGCGGCGCGAACGGCUACAACAGCAACAACGGCUACAACGGCGUUCGCGUAGAUGCCGAUGUCUCGCCCUUGGGGCAGAUCAAGUACAGCUCGCGCACAAGUCUUCAAGAAAGCGCGGAUGAGGAAGGCUUCUUCGAUAUUAUCAAGUCAAUUGCAAAGGUCGCGGGGCCUGUCGUAUCAGGCGUCACUCCCUUCCUUGGGCCGAUUGGCGGCUCCAUCGGUGCGAUAGCCGGUGGCAUCCUCUCAACUGUUGGAGGAGCUGAAAGUGCCCUUGUUGAUGGGAACACAUCAAAUGCAGUCGAGAAUUCCAUCAACUCAGGGGCUACUGAGAGAGCAGUACUUGCCGAGGCUUCUCUCCAAGCGCUCUUGGAGCUAGAAGACUCCCAAGAGACUGCCGAGGUACUUCGUACAAUCAGUUCCAAGUAUAACGCAUUUAGACCCAAGCUGGAUGCAAUUGCGAAAAUUUCCCAGCCCCAGCUCACUGAGGCUGGACUUUAUUUGGCUCAUCGCCAGAUCGCACAGUUACAGGAGAAGGGUGUGUUCGGAACACAGGAGUCCGAAAUUGAGCUUCCUCGCGUUCCUUUGCAGGGUAUCAACCAAUCGACUUUGUCUCGAUACGAGGGUCAACAAGAAGCUUUUGCCCAGGGCCUCAUGGCGCCCACGCGGCCGGUUUCGGACGAAGAAGGGUUUUUGGACUUCCUUGGACCCGUGCUCUCCAAGGGAAUCAGCUUCGCCAAGCCAUUCAUUGCAAGUGCAGCACAGGGAGCACUUGGGGGCAUUCUCAAUCAUCUCGGUGGUGGCGCUGAGUCUUCUUUCGACGCACCCCCAGGUACUCAUGAGCAUGCCACCCUUCUCGCUUUCAAGCGCGCCGCCGCAGCGGAGGCUGCUUUGCAGACUCUCAUGGAGCUCCCUAAGCACAAGCUUGACCGUCUCUACAUCAGCAGUCCCCGAGCUGGCGAGGAAAGCAUCUUUGACGUCAUCAAGGCUGGAGUACAGAAGAUUGCUCCAGCUGUCAUUGACAUCGCCAAAACGGCUGUGCGUAAGGUCGUGCCUGUCAUUGUUGACGCUGCAUCGCAGAAGAUCAAAGACGCCGUGGAUCCAGAGAGAAGGUCGGCUACCCAGAACAACUCAGACUCAUACAGCCGCAAUUCAGCGUCUCAAACGAAUGUCAUUCGACCCAAGCCGUCCGUUAGGGACAUGUUUGUGCAGGCCUCCAAGGGCACGAAGGUGAGCGAGAACCCAGAUGACAUGGAGCCUACAGAGGAGUACAUCCUGAACACUAUCCUCGAGGACAUACUGAAGUCGCGUGAGACCACUUGGGUGCCCUCGCUUCACAAGCGAAAGUCCUGGGACUCAAACGAUGACGGUUUAUGCAUGAUGGAUGAGGAGCCACUCUAA